UGUCGUAGUGGUGGAUGUGAAUUAUUCAGCGACUGUCGCUUGCAUUAUAGAUCUUAGAGCACAUAGAACUGUGCUUGUCUCAACACCAAUCUACAAAUGCCAGAUCUGCUCAGACAUUCAGUCGCAAUUUUUUUUUGCCAAUAUACAAAUAUGUACAAAUUAUUAUUAUGCAAAAAUAUAUAUAUAUAUAUUUCUACCAUCAUUUUCUUAAGAACUUUAAACAAAUAUAUUAAUUCAUGUAGUUUAUUAUGAUUUUUUUUAGUAAUUUAGUAAAAUAGUAAUUUAGUAAAAUAGUAAUUUACACCCCAGGACUGUAUUAUUAUGUUUGUUUUUGGACUGUAAUUAUUUGAACUGUGCCUUUACGAAUUUGUGAGCUUAUAUUUAUUUAUUUAUUUGUUUGUUUGUUUAUUUAUUUGAACAGUGCUAUGUUGUAAACUUGGUGAUAUAAUUGGCAGUUUAUUAUAUAUUUUUUUGUUUCCGUUAUUUAUUAAUUUUUUUUUUUUUUUUUUUUUUAAUGCAACAGUACGUAAUAAUCAUAAUGAAACCAAACGAUUUGGAACCGCCCCUUACGUGAUGACGCAAUGACGUCGCGCCAGGUGCUUGGCAUGUGUUCCGGAAGUGUUGGUGGUUUGAAAACAUGGCUCUGCAGUUCACCGACGCGGAUUUUCAGGAGGCCUGGAAGGAGCUUGACGAUCCCCAGUUAAAGGGGGAAUGGGAGCUUUUCACAGAGACCACCGGCGUGAAAAUUUACCGGCUUUACGACAAGGAAACAGGCCUUUAUGAGUAUAAAGUGAUCGGCACGCUGUCCAGUUGUUCUCCAGAGGACUGUGCAGAUGUUUACAUGGAUCUGGCCUACAGGAAGCAGUGGGACUCUUACGUCAAAGAGCUCCAUGAGAAAGACUAUGGUGGACAGAAGGCCAUUUACUGGGAGGUGAAAUAUCCAUUUCCCCUGUCCAACAGAGAUUAUGUGUACAUCCGGGAGCGCAGGGACCUGCAGGUGAAUGGAAGGAAGAUCUGGGUGGUGCUGGCAAGGAGCUCGGACGUGUCUCAGUGCCCUGAGAGGUCGGGCGUGAUCAGGGUGAAGGACUACAAGCAGACCGUCGCCAUGGAGACUGAUGGAGCCCAGGGAACGAAAGUCUUCAUGAACUACUUUGACAAUCCUGGAGGUAACAUCCCAACGUGGCUCAUCAACUGGGCGGCGAAGAGUGGAGUUCCAGGCUUUCUGAAGGACAUGCAGGAUGCCUGCAGUAAAUAUGCUAACUACUGCAAGAACAGGAAGUGAAGUGCACUUUGACCUGCCUUUUUCUCUUUCUUCAUCUGUCCGCUCGUCUCUUGUCUGUCUUCAUCGUUCAUACUGCUGUCUCUCGCUUGUCCUAGCCAUGAAGAAUGUCUGAGUUAAUAGUUAUGUUUAUAAGGACUUUAAACAAUGACGAGCUGUACUGUGGUUCUAGCCCGCUGUUUUACUAGGGUGCAAACACUAGUUUGAUAUUUUCGCUAAAACACUAGAUAAUCCUCCAAUGAAUUCGGCGCAGUUUUGUCCAAGACGCUUGUAUUUCUGCUCAUAACCACACAAGAGACCCAAAGCGUUCCAUCAUAGCGUUGGCGUGAACAUCUCCCUACACUCCCUUCUCCAGUGUCCUCCAGUGAUCCUCCCUACGCUCUCAAAAUCCUGGAUUUCAAAUAAGUUAUCUUCCCAUUCAAAUAGGCUACGCUCAUAAACUCCGCUGUAAAAAUGUUUUUAUGACCUUGUGAUGUUAAGACAUUCCUUAUUGACUUUUUGUCCAUUUAGAGUGGCAUCCCAUGGCACACAUUCCUAUUCAAAUGUGCUGUUAAAAAAAAAAACAAACAAACAAAAAAAACAGUACUCAUCUAUAAAUACAGAAUAAGAACCACACACACACACAAAAGUAGCUGCAGCAUGGAUUGGAGAAGGAAGAGGGUCGUGGCAGUUAUUAAUUUUUCACUUGUGUCACCCAUAAAACUAUAUGCAGGGAGUACAAUACUAAUAGAGAACGAAAAGAAUAAAGAAAAGUUUUCUUUUGCCUGAUUGGUCACUGAAUGGGAGAAGGAUUGUGACAGAUGCUGCUUACUUCGGUUUCCGUGGCUAGGUUUGGUUUUGCCGUAGCUGUCCUUACAGUUCUCGUUGUUUAAAGUCAUUAUUAUUACACGCAGUUACAUGCAUCUGAAAUGUUCUCCGUACUUUAUGGGCUGCAAAACACUUCUUUUUUCACUUUUGCAGCAAAGAAAUGUCAUUUGGGCUUUUAUUAGUAAUAACAUUUUAAUAAAUACCAGGAAAAUACAGCUUUAUAUAUAUAUAUAUAUAUAUAUAUAUAUAUAUAUAAUAUUUGUUGUUCCACUAACAAUGAAAAUUCUUCAGCAGUGCCAGAGAUUAUUAGCAUCAUCAUGGUGAUAAACAAACCCUACUUUAUAAAGUGAUGGAUGAGAUUUCAAAGUUAGCGCUCCGGUCCACAAUGGGCCAUUAAUUUCUAUUUAAAUAAAGAAAAACAGAAAAGCUUGUGUCCCAAACACAAUGCUGUACUUUGUCCGAAUGGUACACAACUGACCAGGAUCAGCACCGGUGCCUUUUUGAAAUUUAAAAAUAAUUAAAAAAAAAAAACCUGAUCCUGCAGCUAUCAAAUUCUCCUAAUAAUAUAAGCAAAAUCAUUUACACAAAAUGUAGCUGCAGUGUAGUGGAUCAUUCUCAUUCAUAACACAUUACACGCUCAGUGUGAUCAUGGCAGCUGUUUCAUGCGUCACUUGUAGUAAUGAAUGCAUGUAGAUCUGCUGCCCCUGCUGGCUGCAUGUGGUAUUGCUUAAUGAUUGAUGAUGAUCGUGGGGCUGAAAUCUUUUUUGCUGUUCUACACUCCAUGCUUUAUGUUUUUUUGUUGUUGUUGUUUUUUUUCUAACCCUAACCCAUCAUUUUAUUGAAGAUAGCUAGAGAGGAAUAUAAGAAUGUGUGCACUUUAUAUAGGAGACAUGAGCCUGGCGAUGGCUUACUGCUUUUCCACAUACUGAAGAGCGAUAUAUAUGAGAGAAAUUUUAUGCUGUGCACUGAAGAAUAUUUAAACUGUUACACAGAGUAGAUUUAAAAAUCAAUAAAUUAAUCGCUGGUUUAAGGCUAAUCGCAGUAAGAUAAAUCAUUUUCUUUCUGUGAGAUGAAUUUAGGUUUUGUUUAAAAUAACAGUUCAGAGAAAAUAAAUGUAGUUUAUCAUGUUUAGCGUUUUUAAUGUUAGGGUUAACUUUUUCAAUUUUGCACUGGAUCUUUGAGGCUAGUGUAACUAGAGCACUUAAUUCAUCAUACUGAAGCAAACAAAUCAGUAGUUACCCAUAUGUAAAAGCGAUAUAUUUCAGAAUAUGUCAUUUAUGUAUGUAAAUAUUUCUGAAACCCACCUUACUUCAAAGUAGAACCGUUUUUUUUAGGGUACCAAGAACCUUGAAUGAUUUAAAGAAACCUUGAAGAACCUAUUUUUCUAAGAUUGUACUGGUUUAUUUCACUAUGCAUUUAUUUAACACAAAGGAUAACAUAUCACAAUAUAAAUAAUGCAUUUGUUGGUUAUGAUGAUGAAUAUGAUGAAUCUAUUUACCUCAUUGUAAAAUACGUCAAGAUACAUGACUUAUUAUAGGUGCAGUAAAAGAUAAGCGCGCUACACAAAGUUUCCAGACAAACACUAGGUUUCGGACAAGACGUCCUUCAAUAGCUGCACAAAGAAAGAUCUUCUAAUCUUUAAAAUAAGUUUUUUCUAUAAAAAAAGGGGGUCAAUUUAAAAUAUUUUCAUAUCCUAAAAAUAUAUUUUGAAAUACAUGUGCUUUAUAUGGGUAAGUUUGAUCAGAAUGUGGUUCUGCUGUUCUUUUCUUUCUCUUUGCUGUGUUAUUUAUUUCAUUAUAUUUUAAAAAUAGUUUUUCCCAUGCAUAACUACCUCUUGUAAUGUGUGUAUAUUUUAAUCAGUUGUAGUGUGGUGUUUGAUUUUCUGGUCUGUUUGUCUCGGAAUGCAAUAAAAUUAUUACA